AUGGCAUCGAGUUCGAUGAAGUCGGCCCGCGGGUCCUCCUCGUCUUGGACGCCGAAGCAAAACAAGCAAUUCGAGGAGGCCCUGGCCAUGUUCGACAAGGACACGCCCGACAGGUGGCACAACAUAGCUCGGAGGAUUAGCGGUAAGUCGGCCGAGGAAGUCCAGAGCCACUAUGAGUUGCUCGUCAGGGAAAUCAUGCAAAUCGAAACCGACCAAGUCCCCAUACCCAACUACAAGACCACACCCACCAAUGCCAGACCAAUCUACACUAAUGAGCUCAGGCUCAUGAAGAAUCUCAAGCUGCAGUGA